GAUCGAUCCCACUGCUUAAAAUCUCUCUAAAAUUUUUGGGAAUUGGAAUCUGCAGAGAGACAAAUUCUGAGGUAUGGGUUGGCUGACUCGAUUUCUAGCGGCCGUGGCAUUCUUAGCCAUCGGAGUGAUUUUCUCGCCGGAGACCUUCGGAUCCAAAUCGGACGGUCCGAAGUCGCCGACACUCUCCACCUACCUGAAGCUGGCUCAUCUGCUCAGCUUCUCCACCGCGUUCGGCGCCGCUCUCUGGGUCACUUUCAUCGGCGGCAUCAUCAUGUUCAAGAACCUUCCGAGGCAUCAGUUCGGUAAUCUGCAGAGCAAGAUGUUUCCAGCUUAUUUCAGCCUGGUGGGGAUUUGCUGUGCCAUAUCGGUUGCUUCGUUUGGGUAUUUGCACCCGUGGAACUCUUCCACUGUAGCAGACAAGUACCAGCUCGGCUUUUUGCUUUCUUCCUUGGCCUUCAAUCUCACCAAUUUGUUCGUCUUCACGCCCAUGACUAUUGAGAUGAUGAAGCAGAGGCAUAAGGUAGAGAGGGAAGAGAACAUUGGGGAAGAAGUUGGAUGGUCCAAAAAUGUGCAAGUUGCAAAGGUGAACCCGAAACUAGCAGCCAUGAAUAAGAAGUUUGGGAUGAUUCACGGGUUAUCAUCCCUUGCCAAUAUUAUGGCCUUUGGCAGCCUUGCCAUGCACUCAUGGUACUUGGCAGGUAAACUUAAUCUGUAGUUCGUGAAUAAACCCAAGUUCCCCUUUAUUUGGGGAUUGGAGGAAGGGAAAUGUUCUGUGCUCUAGUUGAGCUACGGAUUUGAUCCAUGACCUAAUGUCUUAUUCUCUGCUUGAAUGUUACAUGUACACGAAUACAAUUAUCUCAUGCUUGUCUAGGAAUCAUAAUUUCAUAAGACUUGAUCAUCGGAAGUAUGAGUUCUAAUGAAGAUGAUUUACUUCCGUUUUUCUUCUCUUGCA